CCGCCCUUCAGUCUUAAGUGAGAGUUCUCCUGUUCGGAAGGACGUCCUCCUCUCCUUGCAUCUCUCCCUCCCCUGCUAGAAGAUGGCUUCCAACAAGAAGAUCAUCAGCGAAACGCUGGAGAAUCUUUCCAAGGCCAACUUUGAGAAGUUCUGCCAGGCCCUAGUGGACCGCCGCGGGGACCGGAGAGUCCCGGUCAGCAAGGUGGAGGGAAAUAACUUUCUGGCGGUCACCAACGUGCUGGUGUCCACCUUCACCGAGGCAGGAGCUCCGGCGGUCACAUUGGAACUCUUGAGGGACAUCGACUGCAUGGAGGACGCAGAAAAUCUUGAGGCCAAGUGCACGGACAGUGCAGGACGCCCGGCCGGAGGCGCAAAUGGCGUCAGUACGAGGUCAAGCGUUGACAACGAUAAUUCAAGCAAAGGACAGCACUUUGUGGAUAAACACAAGAUGGAGCUUAUCAAGAGAGUGAGCAACAUUAGUGCCAUUCUGGAUCAACUCCUGGACAAGAAAGUCAUCCAGGAUGAAGUCUACGAAAUGAUCCUGAGGAUGAACGUCAGGCAACAAAGGAUGAGGGAAAUCUACUUGCGGGCUCUCCAGUCCGGCAACAAGGCCAAGGACGUCUUCUUGGAAAUCCUGGAGGAGGAGGAGCCUUACCUGGUGGCAGAACUCAGGCAGAACAAGUAGAGCCAGCUACCAGUUCCUGUGGUAUUGCUAAGCAACGUCUUAUCUGCUCUCUCUUUUAGAACCGAUCUGUCUCUCCUCUGAUCAUUUUAUACAGCGACUAACUACAGUAGUACUUCAACUCACGAGCUCAAAUGUUUCUACCAUCCAGAUUCCAAACAACGGAAUCUUAAAUCAGCGUCGCCCAGUGAAAUUAACUUAAACCAAAUUCAUCUGUGUUUGGUCCUCGUGAAAUUCCAACAUCUAACACGCCUUUUAAAAAAGAAAACCAACUUUUCGCUAAUAAUUAUUGUAUGAGAACCAAAACAAUAGUAGUUUUGUGAAUGUAAAAUUGUACAUUAUCACUUGGGCUUCACUUGACUGAUGUGGACUUUGGACUGCUGUGGACUUUGGACUGCUUCUCCACAGUGUAACAAUGGACAAUUGGUAUUGUUCGUGUUGCACACCUACGUAUUUAGGUGACGGAUCGCAGAGGUCAAAGGCAACAAGAAGUGAUAUGUAUGUCUGCCUGGGGCCCGGCGAGCAAGGCACGAACGUUCCCACUUCCGGUAGUCGGGGGGCAGGAUUGUGUCGAUCUCUAGACAGUACCUACUUCAAAAAGUGGAGGCUCGUAACUCAAAAGAGCUGAGAGAGCUUGUAUAUUAGAAUAUUGGUAAGUUGAAGUACUACUGUACUACUAAUGCUAGAUAGAAACGGGUAUUUAUCGCUCUUUUUAGAACUUCUACUUUCGUGUUUUAUGCGCCACUUUCUUUAACACGGAGUCUUAAAGUGUUUUAAUCUUGCCUGUCAACCUUACCGUUUUUGCUGGGAAAUCCUGUUUUUGUCCUUCAUUCCGUUCCCAUUUCCUUACUUCAGGGAUGCCAACUGCUGCAUGGGUCAGCUGGAGAGGGUCAGAACCAUGUAUAGCGAGAGUAAGGUCAACUGGGUUUCCAAGUUGGUAGCAAACAUGGCGCCCUGUAGUCACGUGAGGGGCUUUUGACCAAUCAUUCAGGAGAUCCUCUGGCCAUACUCACACGUUCACAGGUUGCUAUGCUACCUUCUUUGAAACCACGUUGGCCAUACUCUGGAGUGGAUAGUGCAGUGGUUAGCAACACUUUCUUGUAACACAAUGGACCUGACUGAAAGUCUGCCACAUGUUUUUUAAUUGAUUUAACAGCUUUUUGUGAUGAAAAUGAAAAUCCCUUAUUUUUUACCAUUUUCCAGAGAAAUUUCCCAUGUUUUGAAAUGCAAAUGUUGUCAGGGAUGGCUUUAACUUGCAUUGCUUUGCUUAAUAAUUACAAUGAUAUUUCUUAACGCAGGGGUGUCAAAACUACGGCCCGACGUCUUCAAAUUGGCUCGCGAGACGGAACCUUGCCCGCAGGGAGAAUGCAUUCAUUUUAAAAUUCUAAAAUUUUAAAAUGAAUGUCAAUGACCUUUAAUUAUGCACAGAAUCCGCAGCAUUUAUUUAUAUGACCCAAUGCUAACAACCUUCCCUAGUCAUGUUGCAAAAAAAAAUCCAACCAACACAAAACGUCAACAGACAUGGUCACUGAACUUUGUGGAUAUUAUUUUUAAAAAAAAGAAGUGCAUUCACCAUAUAAAAUUCAAAAUUACAGCCAUUACACACUUAUCCAUGUUUGACGCAUUUUAGCUGCUUGAUAUUUCUGAUUGAUUGCAAAACUUUAAGGAGUUUGUCACGGAUGUAAACAAGGUCGCAGUCGAACUUUCACAUACUCUCAAUGUCCAUUUAUAUUAAUUACAUAUCCAUUAUAUUACUAUUAUAUAUACACAUAUAAGUGUAUAGGCUAUAUACUGUAUGUAUAGGGUAUAUAUAUAUAUAUAUAUAUAUAUAUGUAUAGAGAGAGAGAGCCUAUACACACACACACACACACACACACACAUGUAUGUAUAUAUAUAUGUGUGUGAAUGGGUGAAUGUGGAAAUACUGUCAAAGCGCUUUGAGUACCUUGAAGGUAGAAAAGCGCUAUACAAGUAUAACCCAUUUAUCAUAUAUAUAUAUAUAUAUAUAGAGAGAGAGAGAGAAAGAGAGAGAACCUAUA